AUGUCUGCUGUGCAUUAUAAGUUCUUCUCCAAGCUGAAGUACGAUAUAGUCACCUUCGACGGCCUCCACAUCUCCCUCCGCGACCUCAAGUGCCGGAUCAUGGGCCGUGAGAAGCUGAAGGCGGCCAACUGUGACCUGCAAAUCAGCAACGCCCAGACCGAAGAAGAAUACACAGAUGACAAUGCCCUGAUUCCUAAGAACUCAUCGGUGAUUGUCAGAAGAAUCCCUGUUGGAGGAGUUAAAGCUACCAGCAAAACCUCUGUUAGGCUGUGAACAACUUCAACAGUGGAACUGGCUACAGAAAGCGGAUUCAGCAGCAACAGCAGUGGCAGCCGCCACCGCCACCACCUUCACCACCACUCAUGAGACAAGCAAUAACCCGCAACCUGCAGCCUCUGCUCCGGCCAAAAAUGUCCAGACAGCAGGCGCCACUAAUGAUUUCGUUAGCUUCUCUGGCUUCUCCUUCUGCUUUGGCAUUGUUGGCCCCUGGUCCGUCACCUGUGGCAGCCUGGCUGCCAGUAAGUCCCUCUUCUGUCAUUGUCCCUGAUCUCCCUCCAGCAGUGCCCCUACCUCUCCGUGCUGAAAAGCCAGAUAGACCUUCUCGCGGUGCUGAUACUGUUAUACCUCCUGGUGCUCUGGUGACUGCUGCUGAGCUUUCUAGAUCUUCCUCUCUGUCAGUCAGCAGUUUGUUGGAAGAGAAGGGCUGUCAGAUUCCUGU